UCUGUCCGCAGCGCAGGAUGAGCAGUGAUCGGCAGCGGUGGAUGCUAUAGCAGCAGCCGGUGGGAGGCAGAGUCAGCCCAGCAAAAGUGUACAGCAGUCACAGCAGCAAUCACAGCUCCCCCAGCCCCAGCCAUCACUGAUACCCACAAUGCACAGAGACGGACACCAAAAUAGAAAUCUGGCGAGCAGGUAACAUGGCUGCACUCGGCGUUACCUUCCACUGAGGACAUCGCCCGGACUGCGCCUGCACACCGAGCAGAAGGCAGGAGACGCCGCUCAGCCGACCCCAAAGAGCGGGAGCCGGGGCCGUGACGGGGCAGCACCGCCUGAGGAGAGGGGCGCAAGCAUGGCAGCCCUGGAGCUCUAUACAAAGCAUGCGCGGGUAUGGAUCCCAGACCCAGAAGAAGUAUGGAAAUCUGCCGAGAUUCAGAAAGAUUAUAAGCCAGGGGACACCCUUCUUCACAUACGGCUCGAGGAAGGCUCGGACUUAGAAUAUCGUCUAGACGCCAAAACAAAGGAACUCCCUCCAUUGAGAAAUCCUGAUAUCCUUGUAGGAGAAAAUGACCUCACUGCCUUGAGUUAUCUGCAUGAACCAGCCGUCCUGCACAACCUCAAAGUCCGCUUUAUAGACUCCAAACUAAUAUAUACAUAUUGUGGCAUAGUUCUCGUAGCGAUAAAUCCUUAUGAGCAAUUGCCCAUCUAUGGAGCCGAUAUCAUCAAUGCAUACAGUGGGCAGAAUAUGGGGGAUAUGGAUCCUCAUAUUUUUGCAGUGGCAGAAGAAGCAUACAAGCAAAUGGCCAGGGAUGAGAGAAAUCAGUCCAUUAUUGUAAGUGGGGAAUCUGGAGCUGGAAAGACUGUAUCUGCUAAAUACGCAAUGAGGUACUUUGCUACAGUCAGUGGAUCCGAUAGUGAAGCAAAUGUUGAAGAAAAGGUGCUGGCUUCUAAUCCUAUCAUGGAGGCUAUUGGAAAUGCAAAGACCACAAGGAAUGACAACAGCAGUCGCUUUGGAAAAUACAUAGAGAUUGGUUUUGAUAAGAGGUACCGGAUUGUUGGUGCUCACAUGAGGACAUACCUACUGGAGAAAUCUAGAGUGGUGUUCCAGGCAGAAGAAGAAAGAAAUUAUCACAUAUUUUACCAACUGUGUGCAUCGGCCUCUCUGCCAGAGUUCAGCGCGCUCAAACUGGGAAAUGCCAACAGUUUCCACUAUACCAAGCAAGGGAGAAGCCCCGUGAUUGAUGGAGUUGAUGAUGCAAAAGAACUAAGGAACACAAGGCAAGCUUGUUCUUUACUAGGGAUCGGAGAUCAGCAUCAGAUGGGAAUCUUCAGGAUUUUGGCUUCUAUACUUCACUUUGGAAAUGUGGACAUUAAGUCUCGGGAUAGUGACAGUUGUUUAAUUCCGCCAAAACAUGAACCUCUACUUAUAUUUUGUGAUCUAAUGGGAGUGGACUAUGAAGAAAUGUCACACUGGCUCUGCCAUCGAAAACUGGUGACUGCUGCGGAGACCUAUAUCAAGCCACUAUCACGGCUACAGGCCACCAAUGCUCGAGAUGCUCUGUCCAAACACAUCUAUGCUUCCUUGUUCACCUGGAUUGUUAAUCAUGUAAAUAAAGCUCUACUGUCAUCUGCCAAGCAAAAUUCCUUUAUUGGAGUCCUGGACAUUUAUGGAUUUGAAACAUUUGAAAUUAACAGCUUUGAGCAGUUUUGCAUCAACUAUGCCAAUGAGAAGCUACAGCAGCAGUUUAACCUUCAUGUGUUUAAGUUGGAACAAGAAGAGUACAUGAAGGAACAAAUCCCAUGGACUUUGAUAGAUUUUUAUGACAACCAGCCAUGCAUUAAUCUUAUAGAGGCCAAAAUGGGUAUUCUGGACCUGCUUGAUGAAGAAUGUAAGAUGCCCAAAGGAACAGACAAUACCUGGGCCCAGAAACUGUACAACACGCACCUGAAAACUUGUUCAUUGUUUGAGAAACCACGUCUGUCCAAUGUAGCAUUUAUCAUCCAACAUUUUGCUGAUAAGGUAGAAUAUCAAUGUGACGGCUUUCUUGAUAAGAAUAAAGAUACAGUAUUUGAAGAUCAAGUAAAAGUUCUUAAAGCGAGUAAGUUUAAGCUGCUGGCAGAACUGUUCCAGGACCAUCAGCAGUCCUCAAGCCCAACCUCUACUGCUCCCACAGGUCGUACUCUCCUAUCCCGUACAGGUCUGCGUAAACCAAAGCCUGAACAUGCUAGUAAAGAACAUAAGAAAACAGUCGGACACCAGUUUAGAAACUCUUUGCAUUUGCUGAUGGAGACACUAAAUGCUACAACCCCUCAUUAUGUACGUUGUAUUAAGCCAAAUGACGUAAAGUAUCCCUUCACGUUUGACUCAAAACGGGCCGUCCAGCAGCUCAGAGCUUGUGGUGUGUUGGAAACUAUAAGGAUCAGCGCGGCAGGAUUCCCAUCUAGGUGGACGUAUCAAGAGUUCUUCAGUCGAUACCGGGUUCUUAUGAAGCAAAAAGAUGUCCUCAGUGACUGGAGGCAAACCUGCAAGAACGUGUUGGAGAAGCUCAUUGUGGACCAAGACAAAUAUCAAUUUGGUAAAACAAAAAUCUUCUUCCGUGCUGGGCAAGUAGCCUAUUUGGAGAAAAUAAGAGCUGACAAGUUGAGAGUGGCCUGCAUCCGGAUCCAGAAGACAAUACGUGGUUGGCUUUUACGGAAGAAGUACCUCCGCAUGAAGAAGGCAGCCAUCUGCAUUCAGAGAUAUGUUAGAGGAUACCAGGCCAAAUGUCUUGCCCAGUUCCUGCGCAGGACCAGAGCAGCAAUUCUUAUACAGAAGUUUCAGAGAAUGUAUGUGGUUCGCCAGAAGUAUCGCCGUAUACGGUCUGUUACACUGUCACUUCAGACAUAUCUUCGGGGUUAUGCAGCCAGAAAGAGGUAUCAGCAGAUGGUGAGGGUACACAAAGCUACUAUCAUUCAGAAGCACGUUCGCGGCUGGUUGGCUCGUAAGGCUUACAAGAGAAGCUUGGAAGCCAUUGUCUACCUGCAGUGCUGCUACCGCAGGAUGAUGGCCAAAAGGGAGUUGAAGAAAUUGAAGAUUGAAGCUCGUUCUGUUGAACAUUACAAGAAACUCAACUAUGGCAUGGAAAACAAGAUCAUGCAAAUGCAGCGUAGAAUUGAUGAACAGAAUAAGGACAACAAGUCCUUGCUGGAGAGGCUGACGCAUCUAGAGAUAACCUACAAUACGGAGAAAGAUAAGCUACGAAGUGAUGUUGACCGCCUGAAACCAUUUGAAGAAGAGGCCAAAAAUGCCACACACCGAGUGAUGAGCCUCCAGGAGGAGUUAGCCAAGCUGAGGAAAGAUCUGCUCCAGACACAGAACGAAAAGAAGAAGAUUGAGCAGAAUGCAGACCAAUAUAAAACUGAAACUGAGCAGUUGCUGUCUGAACUGAAACAACAGAACACAUUAUUGAAAAAAGAGAAGGAAGAAAUGAAUAUUCUAAUCCAGGAACAAGCUAAACGAAUGACUGAGGAUAUGGAGAAAAAAUUGUUGGAGGAAACAAGGGAGCUUGAACUUGAGCUGAAUGAUGAGAGGUUGAGAUACCAGAAUCUUCUCAAUGAGUUUAGUCGCUUGGAGGAGCGGUACGAUGACCUCAAAGAAGAAAUGAGCAUUAUGAGCCCUCCAAAGCCUGGACACAAGAGGACUGACUCCACACACAGCAGUAAUGAGUCUGAAUACACCUUCAGUUCAGAAAUCACGGAGUCUGAAGACUUUCCAUACCGGAAUGAGGAGCCAGCUGAUAAGAAAGCUCCUCUGGACAUGUCCUUAUUCCUCAAGCUUCAGAAACGUGUAAAAGAGUUAGAACAUGAGAAACAAAUUUUGCAAGAUGAUCUGGAUAAAAAGGAAGAACUUCUCCAUAAAGCAAAGAGCCAGGAGGAAGCUAAGUCCCCAGUCCGAGGCACUGAGCUGGAGUACGAAUCUCUUAAGCGUCAGGAACUGGAAUCUGAGAACAAGAAGUUGAAGAAUGAAUUAAAUGAAUUAAGAAGGGCCAUUACAGAGAAAGUUUCCCCGGAUCCGUCUGGGCCAGGGGCUCCAGUAUAUAAAGUUCUUCUCGAACAAAUGACAUCAGUCAGCGAAGAAUUGGAAGUGCGCAAAGAGGAAGUACUCAUUCUCAGAUCGCAGCUGGUUAGUCAAAUGGAAGCUAUUCCACACAAGGACACUAUGACAGACACAUUAGCUAUCUCUGAAGAUGUACAGAAAAUGAAGGACCACAGGGAGAUUGCUCAGGCUUAUACUGGCAUGAAGGAAACCAACAAGGUCCUAGAGUCACAGCUUCAGGCUCAGAAGAAGACCUAUGAAAAUGAGGUGGAAUCUCUCAGAGGAGAGAUACAAGGUCUGAAGGAGGAGAACAAUCAUCAGCAGCAGCUCCUUGCCCAGAACCUCCAGUUGCCUCCUGAGGCUCGCAUUGAAGCCAGUUUACAGCAUGAGAUCACCCGGCUGACCAAUGAGAACCUGGAUCUAAUGGAGCAACUUGAAAAGCAAGAUAAGACGGUCAGGAAACUGAAAAAGCAGCUGAAGGUGUUUGCAAAGAAAAUCGGAGAGCUAGAAGUUGGCCAAAUGGAGAAUGUGUCUCCUGGUCAAAUAGUAGAUGAGCCAAUCCGCCCACUUAAUAUUCCCCGUAAAGAGAAAGACUUCCAAGGAAUGCUGGAGUAUAAGAGGGAAGAUGAGCCAAAGCUGAUUAAGAACCUUAUAUUAGACUUAAAGCCUCGUGGUGUUGCUGUGAACCUUAUUCCAGGUCUGCCAGCAUACAUUCUAUUCAUGUGUGUGCGACACGCGGAUUACCUCAACGAUGACCAGAAAGUCCGUUCCUUGCUCACUUCAACCAUUAAUGGCAUCAAAAAGAUCUUGAAGAAAAGAGGGGAUGACUUUGAAACCGUGUCUUUUUGGCUUUCUAACACCUGCCGAUUUCUUCAUUGCCUGAAGCAGUACAGUGGAGAAGAGGCAUUUAUGAAGCACAAUUCAACCCGGCAGAAUGAACACUGUCUCACAAACUUUGAUCUUGCCGAAUACAGACAAGUGUUGAGUGAUCUGGCUAUUCAGAUAUAUCAGCAUUUGGUCAGAGUGCUAGAGAAUAUCCUACAGCCAAUGAUCGUUUCUGGAAUGUUGGAGCACGAGACCAUUCAGGGGGUCUCAGGGGUGAAACCUACAGGUUUACGAAAGAGGACGUCCAGUAUAGCUGAUGAAGGAACAUACACGUUGGACUCCAUAGUGAGGCAGCUGAACACGUUCCAUUCCAUAAUGUGUCAGCAUGGUACGGAUCCAGAGCUUAUAAAGCAGGUGGUGAGGCAGAUGUUCUACAUAAUUGGCGCGGUCACCCUGAAUAAUCUGCUGCUCAGGAAGGACAUGUGUUCAUGGAGCAAAGGGAUGCAGAUCAGGUACAAUGUGAGCCAGCUAGAAGAAUGGCUGCGUGACAAGAAUCUAAUGAACAGUGGGGCUAAGGAGACCCUUGAGCCUUUAAUUCAAGCUGCUCAGUUGCUGCAAGUGAAGAAGAAAACCGAUGAGGAUGCAGAGGCUAUCUGCUCUAUGUGCAAUGCCCUGACCACUGCCCAGAUUGUGAAGGUGUUGAAUCUUUAUACUCCUGUAAAUGAAUUUGAAGAGAGGGUACUAGUAUCAUUUAUACGCAACAUACAGAUGCGUCUAAGGGACCGGAAGGAUUCCCCUCAGCUGCUAAUGGAUGCCAAGCACAUCUUUCCAGUCACUUUCCCAUUCAACCCAUCAUCCCUUGCUUUGGAAACCAUUCAGAUCCCUGGCAGUCUCAGCCUAGGAUUCAUCUCUCGUGUGUAAAUAAAUCAUCACUGAUCUUACAUCUCUUAGACCUCUAAGUAACACUGGAAGCAUUCUGGAAUUCACCAUUGCAUCCUUAGAUACUAAAAGUCACAUGUCUCCUGUGAAUUGUACAUCAUGUAUAAGAGACUGCCAGACAGGUGGCGUAUGGUAUCCAUUAACUCAAAUUGUCUUUACCACCCGCAGUUUUGGGGACUUGCCUUGGUCUUCAACCGGAUGUAAGAUUUCCUAGAAAUAGUAUUGGUUGCCUUCCUCAUAUUAGAAGCACGGAUGUGAGGCAGGAAAUGUAUCCAUAUCUGAGGAGGAAGGUAUAGCUUAUUGUGUUAGGCUAAAUAGUGAUAGUCGAUAUGAUGAAUAUCGAUGUGUACAUCACUGUAUACACACAAAAUAGCCAAACGACAUCCUUAUUUAUGUUAGGGGUAUAAAAAUUAAUAAAGUCUAUCAAAGUAUUAGAGAAAUCUCAGCUUACCGUGUAAUGUAGAUGUUUCUUAGCACCGUGGUUUACUAUGCAUAUUACUGUGCUGCUGUGUUUUGUGUUCUUCUGAUGUUCCAACAUCCGUAUUAGGCACUACAAAUAAAAUCCUCGUCUCUUUAUUAUCCACUAUGUUUACAGUUCAAUGUGAUCUUUGGUAGGGGGAGCCACAACGACUUACCUGGAAAGAAGGAAGCGGCAGCUUAAGCACAUGACGAUAGCUGAUAAAAUAACAGUUUUUAAUGAAAUAAAAUGUUUAAAAAGCCUUAAAGAAUAAAUAGGAUCUCAUUAUCAUGUAUAGUCCUUUUAUGGAUUUUUUUUUAUGUCAUAUUUGAGUGUUUAAAGUUCAUCACAGUAGGAUUUGCAGCUGAUGGGUUUAAUGAUUUUUGCUGUGUUUUUGGUGUUUCUAUAUUCCAUGCUGAUGUUCUGUGCAUAUUAUUUAUUUCAUUAUAUUAGGAAUGUGCUACAUCCGAAGCUUGUGCUACCGGAAUGGUUUCCUGGUACGUCACUGGCGUCAAAGACGGCAAUGCCCUGUUGUUACACCUCCUCUGUUCCAUAUUAGGGUAGAGUUUUGAGCAUGUUGGAGACACUAUUGCACUAGAUUAUGUUCUGCUAGGCCACUUUAUAUGUCUUCACAUAGCUGGAUCAGAGCACUCUAGUAGUAAAUACAUCUCUAAACUUUAUUUAAGCCUUUAGAAGGACUGGGCCAUUGAUGAACCCUACUCAUGGGAUUUUCUACACAGUAAAGCUCAUGUUCUGUAGAAUAUAUCUCUGCAGAAGCAAAGCACUGUAUUUAUUAAAGGGUCCAACACCGUGGCCAAAGAACUGAUUUUUGUUAAAGGAAUUUCUCAUGUAUUAUGUUUAUAUAUAGUUUUAUGACCAAAUAUUUAUUUGCCGUGUAAGAUGUCUUUGCACUCUGAAGAGGAGUCAUUUUAUUCUGUAGAGUUCUGAAUGCUGGAAGAUUACAGUGGAAAAUGCCAUAGCGUAACAUUCUUUUCCACAAUUGAAAAUGGCCUCUAAUUAGAUUUAGUGAUGCUAGAGUAUAUAUUGCUCAGAACAGGGCAGGUCCCCAUGUGUUUGGCCUAAAGCAGGGUUGUUUAUAUUCAUCUGGUCUGCCUUUCUGCUCGUUCCAUUAAAGCUCUUAUAUGUCUUCAAUCAUUUAUGUGCUGGUUUUUAUUAUAUUGAGUCUUUUGAUCAUGUCCCUUUUUUAUGCCAAUAUCUUAUUUCUGUUCAGUAUUCAUGUGUAUUUGUUGUAGCCCUUCUCUCGAAUAAGGUGCUUGGAGACACCCUGUUACUACUGAUCGGGUGAGUUUCUCACAGGAGAAUAUUGAGUGCUUUUUUAGAUUUUUGCCUGAAUUACAAAUGGCAUUCAGGGUGUGCGAUGUUAGUCUAAUGCAUGAAGACUAAGGCUGUGUUCACAUCUGCAUCAGCAUUUCUGCCAGAAACCUCCAUCAUAGAUUCUGUUGACUUUUUGACCAAAUUAUGGACUCUCCAGAAGAACCUAUGCUCCCAUUAUGAGUCAUUGGGGGUCUAUCUGACUCUGCCUGCAUCCAUUGUAUUGGAUGUGGUGAGGAAAAAUGACCUUAGGGUAGGCGCUCAGGAG